AUGGAAAUGCCGCGUUGUUUAUUCCCGAGAAGACUCAACAUCCUGACAUCGGAGCUACACACCUUUUGCGACGCUUCCGAGGAGGCCUACGCCACCGUCAUCUACAUCCGCAACACUUAUUCCGACGGGCAGAUAAUUGUUCGACAAGCGAGAGCAGCCAACAAACUCGCACCAAAGAAGGUGAUAUCGGUGCCGAAAUUGGAGCUUAACGCUGCGCUGCUAGGAUCCCGACUGGCAGUAGCAUUCCAAACCUCUUUGACGGUUAAGAUCCAUCGUCGGCGGUUUUGGACAGAUAGCAGCACGGUCCGAAACUGGAUUAGAUCCGUCGCUGCUCACUAUCAAGUUUUCGUCGGCAAUCGGGUCGGCGAAAUCCAGACGAUCACGGAGCCAGAGGAAUGGCGAUUCAUCCCAGGCAUCUUCAACCCAGCCGACGCCGCUACCCGCUCCACCUUGAACGGGGAGGUAUUCCCUCCUACUUGGCUAGCGGGACCCGGCUUUCUCGCUCGUUCUGAAGAAGAUUGGCCAGUAGAUCUUCCCUGGAAGGCUAUUACAGAAGAAAUCAGAACGAGCCGCGCCUAUCACGCUGCCGUUCAAGAAGUGAAAUUCGACUGGAGCGAUGUAGAAGUCAAGCCCCGCGAUGUCGCGACCCUAACAAGAAUGAGUACGAAGUUUCUCGACCUCGUCAAGCGUUGCCAAAAUGAGGUCUAUACUGAAGAGUUGAAGCGCGUCAAGAAAGAGAAGCCGCUCCAAUCAACCUCGAGUUUGCUGGCGUUGGCGCCGAUACUCGACGCAGAUGGAAUCCUACGACUUGGAGGUCGGGCCGGUCGAGCGAAGCUACCUUACGACCAGCUGCACCCCCCUCUUCUCCCAGGAAAACACCCGUUCUCGGAAAAGAUCAUCCGUGCCUUCCAUGAACACCUUAAACACGUUGGAACAGACUUCUUUCUUGCCUACCUACGGCAACAUUUCUGGAUAACCAGCGGACGUGAGGCAGUGAAAAAGGUCCACCGUGCGUGCAUUACCUGCCGUCGCGACCGAGCCAAGCCCGGGGAGCAAUGUAUGGCCGAUCUACCAGAGUCACGUCUCGAUUCCGGCUCACUCCCCUUUACCAGAACCGCGAUCGACUUAUUCGGUCCAUUCGACGUAGGCCUUUAUCGAAAUCGAACCGCCAAGCGCUGGGGAGUUCUGUACACCUGCAUGGUGACUCGCGCCAUAUCCCUCGAAUUAGUGCCAUCCCUUUCGACAGCAGAUUUCUUGCCCUCGAUGCGGAAAUUCAUCGCGACGUAUCGGAAGCCCGCUGUCAUCCACUCCGAUAACGGGACGAAUUUCGUGGGCGCCGAACGAGAACUACGCGAGGCAGUUGAAGCCUUACACGCUUCCGAUGGAGUUCCGGAAUUCAUGAAAGAAUCUGGAAUCGAGUGGACCUUCCAGCCGCCUCGGUCGCCGCACUUCGGAGGCUCUCAUGAAUCACUGGUGAAGUCAACCAAAAGAGCGCUUUAUAACGCACUGGAACAGGAAAACAAUAGCCUUCGCUAUCCAUCAGAAGACCUGCUCCGGACCUUGCUAUACGAAGUCGCUGGAUUGCUGAAUACCCGUCCCCUCAUUUAUGUGAGCUCCGAUCCAGCUGACUUCCGCCCAUUAACUCCGAAUGAUUUCCUAAAUCGUUCCCCCACCGCCUACCCGCCACCCGGAUCCUUUGACGACGCUCCACCGCGAGACCACUAUCGGUAUCUGCAAGGCGUCAUCAAUCUUUUCUGGGAUCUAUGGAAAACAGUUUACCUGCAAUCACUAGCCGCCAGAAAGAAAUGGAGGACGGAACGCCCGAACUUCAAAAUAGGUGAUGUUGUCCUCGAGAUCGACAAGAGUCUUAGUCGCGGAGUCUGGAACAUCGGACACGUCGUGCAGGUGUUCCCGGGAUCAGAUGGCUGCGUACGCGCCAUCGAUAUCGAACUACCCUCCGGAAUCUUCCGACGCGAGAUCACUGAAGUAUGCCUUUUGGAAUCCGGCCCGAUCGAAAGCAAUAAAUAG